AUGGGGUUCGACUGCGGCUUUGACGUUUGCCCUCGGCUCGAGCCCACGCCCGAGAAUCAGGAGACGUACAGGCGCUUCCUCGACGAGAUCAUUGAGAGGUGGCAGGGCGUGUACGACCCCAGCGGGCGUCGCGAGGACGGCAAGAUUCUCGAGAUGCCCGGCGAGGUCUCGGAGCACGCAAAGAUGGAAUGCGGUCGCGACCAAUACAUUUACUUCAUGGUCGGCGAGUGCCCAGGCAUGCCGGCCAGGUCCGAGAACUGCAACUUCUUCCUGCGCUUCAGCUCCAAGGUCAGCGGAAGACUAACAGCCCAAGCUGAGCCGUACAUCAAUGCGGUCUACCUCAUCGCGAAAGCCCACUUCGGGUCAGAACGCAUUCACUUCUGGCACGAGAUGAACGAGCACGACUUGGGCGGGCCCACGCAAAAUGGCUACUACAAUUGGACCCAGGUGUAUGAUGCACGCAAAGAGAUGAUGGCGCUGCUUGCGAAGGAGAGGGACGGAGAUGUGCCGCAGGUUGCGGACUCGCUAAAUCCUGCAUUCCGGUCUGGCUCGCGAACUUCUGGCAUCGGGCCACCGGUGCAAAAGUCCAUCUCAGGCUAG